AUGGGGCACGGCCCGCCCCUCUACCGCACGUGCAUCUUUGCGCCUAACCAUGUCCUCGCGCUUUUGAUGCUCAGCGUCUCUGCUGAAGAAGAUGAAGAAAUCUUAGGGGACACCGUCUACCGGGGGCAGGUGUUCGAGAAAUGCCCCUUCCCAGUGAAGAACGUUGGUGUCUGCUGCACUGUGACUCCCACAGUGGCGCCCACAUGUGCCGGGAGUCCGGGGACCAGACCACCACCUCGCGCAGUGCUGCGGCUGACCUGGAAGGUAGUGGGUGUGGCCAAAGGCAGCCGGAGCAGGGCAGUGAGGACCAGCAGCAACUCCUCCUUCCUCCAAGCCCCAGCAUUCUCAGCUAUGGACCCAGAAGAUAAACUGUCCUUUACAGUCACCUACCUGGACGACAUCAGACACACCAUCGAAUUUGACAUCUUGCUCAUUUCCCUGAACAGUGUAGCAGAAGCGUCCCCCAGCUUCGACUUCCUCCCGUCGCGGCCCAUCACGGUGCGCCUGCUGGAUGAUCCGGGCUUCCUCUGGCAGCCGUAUGCACCCCUGGAGGGAGACGCUGGCCCUUCGGGCGCUUUCCUUCUCCCCUCAGGAGCAGUAAGGAGCACCAGUCUGAGCAAAGACAGCCUGGAAGAGAAAGUGACAACCGCCCCAAGUCCAGCCCAGUCGGGGGAAGAGCUUCGGGAUCCGGAGCUGGAAGGGACGGGCCCCCCUGUGCACCCGGACCCCGGGGCCCUGUCCACGCUGCUCCCAGCGGAGCCCGGCACCAAGCUGGCCGGCCCCCCCGGGAAGAAGGUGUCUUCGCUCAAGCAGCUGAACUCGUCCAGGAAGCAGAGGAGACCAAAGGCCACGUCCGCAGCGGUGCUCCUGAGAGCGGGGUCCCAGCCUGCGCCCCCACUUCCGGGUCUCCUCUCCUCUGCCACGGAGAAGCCUGGCCCACCAGGAGACCCCGACCCUGUGGCCUCCGCAGGUGGGGAGGCUCUUCAGCCGCCGUCGGAGGAGCCCCUCUGGCCGGAGCGGAAGGGGGGGGCGGUCCCUACGACGCCCGCGCCCCUGCAGAUCUCCCCCUUCACCUCGCGGUCCUACAUGGCGCCCACGCUCCCCCAGAGGCCGGGCCCCGGGGAGCCCGUCGUGCCCGAGGAGGCCCACGAGGCUCCUCCUGACGACACCAGCCCCAUGACCUCGAUGGACAAAGGGGAGAAUGAGCUGACUGGUUCGGCCUCAGAGGAGAGCCAGGAGACCACGACGUCCACCAUCAUCACCACCACGGUCAUCACGACUGAGCAGGCCCCAGCUCUCUGCAGCGUGAGCCUCUCCGACCCCGAAGGCUACAUUGACUCCAGCGACUACCCGCCGCUGCCCCUCAGCAGCGCCCUUGAGUGCACGUACAACGUGACCGUCUACACCGGCUACGGGGUGGAGCUCCAGGUGAAGAGCGUCAACCUGUCCGAGGGGGAGCUGCUCUCCAUCCGCGGGGUGGACGGCCCCACCCUGACCAUCCUGGCCAACCAGACUCUCCUUGUGGAGGGACAGGUCAUCCGAAGCCCCACCAACACCAUCUCUGUCUACUUCCGGACCUUCCAGGACGAUGGCCUCGGCACCUUCCAGCUGCACUACCAGGCCUUCAUGCUGAGUUGCAACUUUCCCCGCCGGCCGGACUUCGGGGACGUCACCGUGAUGGACCUGCACUCAGGCGGGGUGGCCCACUUCCACUGCCACCCGGGCUACGAGCUGCAGGGCCCCAAGACGCUGACCUGCAUCAAUGCCUCCAAGCCGCACUGGAGCAGCCAGGAGCCCAUCUGCUCAGCCCCUUGUGGAGGGACUGUGCACAAUGCCACCAUUGGCCACGUCCUCUCUCCAAGUUACCCCGGAAAUGCCAACGGGAGUCAGUUCUGCGUGUGGACAAUCGGAGCUCCAGAGGGCCAGAAGCUGCAUCUUCACUUUGAGAGGUGGUCGCUGCAUGAGAAGGACAGGAUGAUGGUCUACAGUGGGCUGACCAACAAGUCCGCUCUUCUCUACGACUCUCUUCAUACCGAGAGCGUCCCCUUCGAGGGCCUGCUGAGCGAGGGCAAUAGCAUCCGAAUCGAGUUCACGUCUGACCAGGCUCGGGCAGCCUCAUCCUUCAACAUCCGGUUCGAGGCCUUUGAGAAAGGCCACUGCUAUGAGCCUUACAUUCAGAAUGGGAACUUCACCACCUCCGACCUGACCUACAACAUCGGCACCGUUGUGGAGUUCACCUGUGACCCCGGCCACUCCCUGGAGCAGGGCCCAGCCAUCAUUGAGUGCGUCAAUGUGCGGGACCCCUACUGGAAUGACACGGAGCCCCUGUGCAGAGCCAUGUGUGGUGGGGAGCUGUCUGCUGUGGCUGGGGUGGUGCUGUCUCCAAACUGGCCAGAGCCAUAUGCGGAAGGUGAAGAUUGUAUCUGGAGGAUCCAUGUAGGGGAGGAGAAGCGGAUCUUCUUAGAUAUCCAAUUCCUGAACCUGAGCAACAGCGACAUCCUUACCAUCUAUGACGGUGAUGAGGUCAUGCCCCACAUCUUGGGGCAGUACCUUGGAAGCAGCGGCCCCCAGAAGCUGUACUCGUCCACGCCAGACCUGACGAUCCAGUUCCACUCGGACCCUGCCGGCCUCAUCUUUGGGAAGGGCCAGGGCUUUAUCAUGAACUACAUAGAGGUGUCGAGGAACGACUCCUGCUCGGACUUGCCUGAGAUCCAGAACGGCUGGAAAACCACUUCGCACACGGAGCUCGUGAGGGGGGCCAGGAUCACCUACCAGUGUGACCCCGGCUACGACAUUGUGGGGAGCGACACCCUCACCUGCCAGUGGGACCUCAGCUGGAGCAGUGACCCCCCGUUUUGCGAGAAAAUUAUGUACUGCACCGACCCCGGGGAGGUGGACCACUCGACCCGCCUGAUCUCGGACCCGGUGCUGCUGGUGGGCACCACCAUCCAGUACAGCUGCGACCCCGGCUUCGUGCUGGAAGGGAGCUCGCUUCUGACCUGCUACAGCCGCGAGACCGGCACACCCAUCUGGACGUCCCGCCUGCCCCGCUGUGUCUCGGAAGAGUCCCUGGCAUGUGACAACCCGGGGUUACCAGAAAACGGGUACCAAAUCCUAUACAAGCGACUCUACCUGCCAGGAGAGUCCCUCACCUUCAUGUGCUACGAGGGCUUCGAGCUCAUGGGCGAAGUGACCAUUCGAUGCAUCCUGGGACAGCCCUCCCACUGGAACGGGCCCCUGCCUGUUUGUAAAGUUAAUCAAGACAGCUUUGAACAUGCUUUAGAAGUAGCAGAAGCGGCAGCCGAGACAUCGUUGGAAGGCGGGAGUAUGGCGCUGGCCAUCUUCAUCCCCGCGCUCAUCAUCUCCUUGCUGCUGGGAGGCGCCUACAUCUACAUCACCAGAUGUCGCUACUACUCCAACCUCCGCCUGCCCCUGAUGUACUCGCACCCCUACAGCCAGAUCACCGUGGAAACCGAGUUUGACAACCCCAUUUAUGAGACAGGGGAAACCAGAGAGUACGAAGUUUCCAUCUAAAGAGAGCUGCACUUGAGAAGGGAGCUCACAGCUACGGACUCAACUACAACCUCCUCGAGAAUUCACCCAGAGACCAUGUGGCAUUUGAUGGAAAAACCCCAGCGUGUCGGCCGUCUUUUCUUUGGACUCUUUAUUGAAGACGUACUGUUUUCUUCCCUGUAUUUAUUCUAUUUAAAACGGAGAUGGGUGUGGUUGGAUGUGUUGCCCACGCAGUCAGAUUCCUGUCGCGGCCUCGAUCGAUGAUGCUGAAGGCGGUGGAAGACCAGCGAAACGGUGGCCGCGGCAGCCCGGGGGGGAAGCAAAAGCAGGUCCAGUGUCUCCCACCAGCAAUGCCUUCUGUGGCUGCACUAAAUUGCAUGCAUCUUUGAGACCCUCGCCCGUGGUGUUUUAGUAUAAACGGAAGUCCCCAGGUUCGGUUGGAGAGGGUACUGUGUGUCGGAUUCACUGGGGUUGGAAUUUCACCCGGCUACCGAAAGAGGUCUCCCCCCGAACAAAUCCUGUCCCCCUUCCAGCUUCCCCAGCUCCGGAGAGGUCUCGCCGCCUCCCCGCCUUCCCUCGGUCCUUCUGAAGGAAGCAAAGGUGUCACGUAAACACCCUCUUUUACCCUGGCCUCACUGGACGCUGGCAAAAUAAGAACAUGUCUUCUUUCUAGAAGAGUGGUAAAUGACCAAGAAAAGUUUUCAGAGAGGCUAAGAGAUGGGAGGGUUCCGAUGAGGAGUUGGCGAGGGGGACACUGGCGGUGGGAACCGAGGUAACACCACGUUGUCGCGGACGCUCCGUCGGUCAUUUGGGCUAGAGCGCCAGAAGCCAUCACCUCCUUCAGCGAGGCCGCCUCCAGCUGUGAGGACAGACCCGCAGCCUCUGGGGCGGGGCAGCCUUGUCCGGAGAGUCCUAGGGUUUGCGCUGGAGGGGAGGUGGGUGGGGGGUGAGCUCUGUUUCCCCCCUGGGAUGCUGGAAUGCCUGAGCCCUCAAAAUAGAGGAGAU